AUGCCUACCCCCGAAUCGGAAUCCUUCAAGGCCUCGAAGCCCACGGUYCCUCCAACCUUUGAUGGCGUAGACUACGAUGAUAACAAGGCCCUAAAGGCUGCACAGGACUCCAUCAUCCGAGAGCAAUGGGUGCAGAGCAUGAUGGCRCGGCUGAUCCGCGAGGAAAUGGGCAAAUGCUACUACCGUGAGGGCGUGAAUCAUUUGGAGAAGUGCGGACACUUGAGAGAGCGAUACCUCCAGCAAUUGAAGCACAGCAAAAUCAAGGGCUAUUUGUUUGAGCAACAGAACUACAUUCCGAAGACUGAGUAA